CAGUAUAUUGCGCAGAUAAAUUCGCGGUCACACUGUUCGCUCUCAUAAAAUAUAAUAAAACGAGCGUCAAAAAAUGAUUAAAAAUGGCCAAAAAUAAGUCGACGGUGUACCUAGGAUACGAAGAUGAGGAAGUUACAAUUAAGCAGGAGCAAUUAUUGAAUAGCAGCACCAACAAAAUUGGUGGUCUGCCCGACUGGCCCAGGCAUGAGGUUACGGUGCCAGCCUGUCCGCUUUGCGGCACGGUACGUCCGUUGAUAGUGCAAAUGUACGCGCCAUUGGAUCGAUCUCAGUUUCACCGCAGUCUUUAUGUGUUUGGGUGUGUGAGCCCCGCCUGUUCGCAAAAUCCAAAGAGCUGGGUGUGUGUCCGUACCCAGCACUUGGACAAUCAGUUUGAUGUGAUCUCUGAGCAAUCGGUCAAGACGACGGCGUCGCCUGCCAAGCAUAAGAAAAAGCCCAAAUCUAGUGGAUUGCAAUCGGUAAACUGGUGCAGUGGAGUGGAUGAUUGGGGCGACAGUGAGGGCAGCAGCGGUGGAAACGGGCGUAACGAUGUCUCGGAAAGAAUGGACGAGGCUAUGGAUCUGACUGCCGACGACGAACAGAAUGAGCGGAAUGGGAAUGUAAGGCUAAAUGCUUUGCAGUACGCCAAAGGAGGGAUGGAAAUGGAGGACUCGGUAAAGCAGGAACAAGUCAAGAUUGGUGAUGAUGAAGACGACGAAGACGAGAGCACGUCUGUGGAAAAUGACUUGGUUUGCGGCUUUAAUCAGAUCGACAUGAGCUCGCCGCAGAACGCAGAUGAGGAUCCGAAUGCAAAUUGUGCAGCAGCUGCCGCUCCCAGUGCGGAUGUUGCUGGCGCAGGUGCAACUGCAACGAUUUGUGCCGAGAUUGAAGGUCCCGAAAAUGAUGUCGUCCUGGUCGAUACACCAAAAAAGCCGGAACGUGACUUAAUUGCUUUGCUUAAGCACACUUCAAUACCGGCCACCCUGGGACCCCUCUCCCAGAUUAAGGAUCUUACCCUAAAGUCAUACUUCAUUGCCGUGGAUGUUGAGAGCAAGGCCAAGGUGGAGGAGUUUGAGAACUAUGGCGGCACCUUAUCCAUGGAUCACAUACGUGAUCUGUAUCAGGAGUACAAGCUGAGGGACGACGAAUCGGCACAUUCCCCAAUGGGUGGUGGUGGUGCCUCAUCGUCUGGCGAGCCAUGUGACGAUCAUGAAUCUUAUGAGAAAGCAUUGCCCGCCCAUGGCGAUAUUGUUUUUCACAAUUUCAUAACAACCAUUCAACAAAAUCCGGGCCAAGUGCUGAGGUAUUCCCGAGAUGCGUUGCCAUUGCUGGUGGCACCGCUCACCGAUCCUCUGCCCAAGUGUCAGAACUGCAAGGGCGAAACCAUCUGCGAGGUGCAGCUGCUACCCACGCUGAUUCCCAAGCUUCGAUUCCAGCACAAUGGCUGCAAUGCACCAAUUGAGUACGGCAACGUGCUGGUCUUCACUUGCCUCAAGAGCUGCUGGGACACACCCGACCUGAUGCGCUAUGAGCACAUAGUUGUGCAGUCCGAGUCUUAGAUUGACGCAAGUAAUUGCGAGCCGGAGAAACCACGCCAUGCUGUAGCUGCGCUAAUAGUUACAGAGAAAGAACAUUUUAAACGCAAACUGCAUUCACGUAACCGAAGGGGGAAAGCUAAGCUUCUCAAUUGUCCUAGGAAGAUUUUAUGCUCUAGUUGUUAAGAACGUUGUACGCUUUUAGACAUGCCGAUGAAAGAUAGUUGCUAAAAAUAUCUCGUUAUUUCCACUC